CGAGUAUCUUCCUGCUCAUCACUUACGACACUUCAGAUAAUUCAUUAAAUCGAGAUGGGUUUAUAUAAAAAACUUGCUGCAGAUCUUGAGGAGGUGGACAUCAUCAUUGCGGGUGGUGGAACUGCCGGGUGUAUUAUAGCUGGACGGUUGGCAGAAGCUGAUCCGGAGCUUUCAAUUCUUGUUGUCGAGGGUGGCCCAGACAACUACGAUAACCCCAAUGUCAUAAUACCAGGUUUCUACUAUUCACAUCUUCAGCCCAACUCCGAAACAACGAUUUUCUAUACUGCGGCUAAGUCGAGGUAUACUGGAAAUGUAGAGAGGAUCGUCCCCUCAGGGGGUACACUCGGCGGGGGUUCGUCUAUCAACUUCAUGAUGUACACACGGGCUCAACGUGACGAUUACGACUCGUGGAAAACUCCAGGAUGGAGUGCCGACGAACUAUGGCCAUACCUCAAAAAGCUUGAAACCUAUCAUGGACCUGGGAAGCCAGAGCAUCACGGCUAUGACGGCCCAAUCCAAGUUUCCGAUGGUCCGUUUCGUUGUAAGCGGGUAGAAGAUGAGUGGUUGCACGCCGCCGCGCAGUUCGGGUACCCAGAGAUAAUCGACUUACAAAACCUGGAUACUAACAACGGCUGGCAGCGCUGGCUCCGCUACAUGAGUCCCGAAGGAAAACGUUCGGACACAGCUCACGGGUACUUACACCCUAUGCUGCGCGAUGGGAAACACCCUAACCUGCACGUAUUGGUGGAGACGAAGGUAGUGCGGGUGUUAUUCGACGAGGACAAGAGAGCCUGCGGGGUCGAGUUCACACCCAACCCGAGAUACCAGGUCCAGAUGGCCUUCGCGACACCUCAUCCAAAGCAGAUUGUUAGAGCCCGGAAGCUUGUUGUCGUGUCAUGCGGUGCUUGUGGCACCCCCUCCGUAUUACAACGCUCCGGGGUCGGACCUAAAGAUGUGCUUGAUCGUGCUGGAGUUCCCAUUGUUGAAGAGCUUCCGGGCGUCGGCCACGGCUAUCAGGAUCAUAAUCUGAUAGCAUAUGUCUACCAAUCAUCACUCGAUCCGCUUGAGACGUCUGACGCUCUUGUCUCGGGGCGACUUUCUUAUAAAGAUGCCGAAGCCCAGAAGCACCCGCAUCUGGGAUGGAACUUCAUAGACCUCUCUUCUAAACUUCGACCGACAGAUGAAGAAGUGGCAGCUCUGGGACCUGAGUUCCAAGCUAUGUGGGACAAGGACUUCAAGAACCAACCUAAUAGACCACUGAUGUUGAUGGCUGUCAAUGACGGUGUAUUAGGUGAUUCCACUGGCCUGGCUCCUGGUCAGUACCUCUCCGUCGCGCCCUACACUGCAUAUCCAUACUCUCGUGGGCAUCUUCACAUCACAGGACCCGACAUCAGCGACCCUCUGGAUUUUGACCUAGGGUUCUUCAGCGAUGCGAAUGACAUAGACCUCAAGAAACAAGUAUGGGGGUAUAAGAAAGGUCGCGAGAUCAUACGGCGAACAGGUAUAUAUCGAGGCGAGGUCCCGAGUCGUCACCCCCGGUUUCCGGAGGGCUCCAAGGCGGUUGCUCUGGAAGAGUGGAGUCCGCCGGUCGAAGGAAGUAAGAUACAGGACCUAGAGUACUCUCCUGAGGAUGAUGCAGCGAUCGAGGAGUAUCUUCGCGAGAAUAUCCAAACUACGUGGCAUUCCCUGGGUACAGCGAAGAUGGCACCGCGCGAAGAGAUGGGUGUCGUGGAUAAAGACCUCAAUGUAUACGGUGUGCGUGGGCUUAAGGUGGCAGAUUUGAGCAUCCCACCUGAGAAUGUCGCCGCGAACACUAACAACACCGCGAUGGCGAUCGGGGAGAAAGCGGCUGAUAUUAUUGCAAAGGAGCUUGGAAUUGUUAUUAGAUGAUACUUGCUUACGUGUAAGAUAUGACAACCUACCUAACCUAGGUAAGCAUUAACUCCGGAGGCCUUUACACAGAUUUUAAGAUCUAUUAUUGUCAUCGGGGAUAUCGGGUUUAGAUAUAAUUCUUCGUCUUUAUUCAGAAUUUCAGUCCUUAUUCAUGCUCAAUAAAGUAGGGAUACUCAAAUGGAGAACAAUUGUCUUGGCAUUGCUCUGACCGAAUCAUUAUCCGGUUAGAGUGUCAUUGAAACUAUCUUGAAGUUGUUUGC